GCAGUCAUUGAAGGCGACAAGAGUGUCCCUGAAUUCCUCGCAGACAAUCCAGAUCCAAACCAGGACGUCAAAGCAUGAUCCAUUCGCUGUCGAUGUUUACUACCUCGGAAAAGCAUUUAGAGCUUUUCUCCGCUGAGGAGUUGCAUCAAAGGACAAACUCAAUGAAAAGAAGCUCCGAGGGAUGAGAGGUUUUGAGUUCAUAGAACCUCUUAUAGCCGCUAUGACCGACCUAGAUCCGGUAAAGCGCAUCAAGAUCGAUGAAGCGGUGAAAAGACUCACGGACAUCGUGAUCGGUCUUGAUGUGAUGACUUUGAGAUCCAGAGUUGUCUAUAACGUCGAGUUCACCAUUCUUCGUCCUUUUAAGGCUGUUAGUCACUGGGUGUGGACUCUGGGGCUCAUUGCACGGAAAAUACCGGCCAAUUCCUCAGCCUUCGCAGCGGUAAAUCCUUGUUUCUCUUGCUCUUGAUUUUGUUCUUUACUUCUGUUCCUGAUUCUGCUCUACACCUAUUUACCUCUUGGAAUGUAUGUUCUUUUUUCCCACUUCGCCCU